UUUUAUAGAUUAAAAACCGUUGUAUUUUAUGAUGAGUUCAGUUUUUGUACAAAUCUGAGCAAGAAAACAUCACAUUGUCAAACCUUCUGAAUCCCUGCUCCUCCUGCGCUGUGUUUUUUCAUCACUUUGUUUAUGGAAAGUGUCACAACAUGUGACAAUAAUACAAUAACAGGAAAUAAUUAGGCAUCACAAUGAUAUACAGGAUAUGACUUCCCUUUGUUGAUACAGUCAAUAUGGUAACAGAACAAAGGCUCAAAGUAAUAAAUAGAAAUAUAACAAAAGGUAGGCAAUUAAAUCAAAUUCUUUCAAAUAAAAUCUUGGAGCACACUAAUUGACAUUUCUUAUUGUUUAUAAGUUGGAUAGACUCAAUACUUUCUAAAUUCAAUCAAACAUGAAAAGUUCAAACGAGAACUUGGAUUUAUGGAUGUGAAAUUUUCCCAGUAAAAUUAAUAAACUGACAAUCUGUUGAACUUAAUGGCUUAAUUUUUGUUUUCAUAGUACAAUAUUACAUCCUUGGCUUACAGCUUAAUUGAAUGGUUGGUUUGAGUGUCAAAACAUCCUCAUCAUUUUUUUUUCUCCAGUAUCCUGAUGUGUGAUCCAUAUAACAGAUGUGUAGUUGUGUCUUCCUCAUUUUCUUCUCACGCCACAACAAAACGCGCUGGGGAUAGUGGUGACGUCACCUUCUGACGGGGGUGUAGAGCCGUUGCACAAAAAGUAACCCGAGACAUCUGAGACUUUAAUCAAAUUAGCUAUAUCUCGCUGCUAGGUGAAUGCGCGGAAAGGUAACCUAAAGUAGUAAAUAAUAGGUAAUGAAACGGAAUGAAACGGAAAGUAUGAUAAACAAAUUUAGGCUGAUAGUAAUGAAUGGUUGGAUUCUUGAAACUUGCUAGCCACCCUCAGCCUGUCCGCCGUUAAAAAGUCAAGUGGCUAACUACUCGAAGCAGAGCAACAUCAUUUGGCUAACUGCUAAACGUAUCUGUCGUCAGAGGUUGGCCUGUCACACCGCUCGCUAGCCAUAACCUGAUAGUUAUUUAUUAACGCGGCUGUCAUAUAUUCAGUGUGUACAAAGCAGCCAAAGCUGUGUCGCUAGUUUGGAAGCCAACUGUCUUUUGAGCGCAAGAUGUUAGCUAGCUAAGGCGGCGUUAGCUUUAGCAAAACAAGAGCUCUGCUUUGGGAGUCAGCUGACAGACCAGUGAUGGAUCAACUCAAAGUAAAGGACCGCAUAUUGGAAAACAUCUCCCUGUCCGUCAAGAAGUUGCAGAGUUACUUUGCAGCCUGUGAAGAUGAAACUCCAGCCAUCCGAAAUCACGACCGCGUCCUGCAGCGUCUCUGUGAACACCUUGACCACGCUCUGCUGUAUGGGCUGCAGGACAUCUCUUCAGGCUACUGGGUGCUGGUGCUUCAUUUCACCAGGAGAGAAGCUGUCCGCCAGAUAGAUGAGCUUCAGCACAUAGCAACCAAUCUUGGUCGAAGUCGGGCAUGGUUGUACCUGGCAUUGAGUGAGAGCUCUUUAGAGAGCUAUCUGCGGCUCUUCCAGGAGAACCAAGGAUUACUACAGAAGUAUUAUUUCAAGAAUGCACUGGUCUGCAGCCAUGACCACCUCACGCUCUUCCUCACACUGGUGUCAGGCCUGGAGUUCAUUCGCUUUGAUCUGGAACUGGAUGUGCCCUAUCUGGACGUGGCCCCUUACAUGCCAGAAUACUACAAACCCCAGAACCUGCUGGACUUUGAGGAAAGGCUGCCAAGCUCAGACAGCUUGUCCCUGCACUCCUUCACCUCCCUCACCUCCACCAACCUGGAGUGGGAUGACAGUGCCAUAGCUCCCUCAAGUGAAGAUUAUGAUUUCGGUGACAUCUUCCCCGUGUUGCAGUCAAUGCCAAGUGCAGACUGGGAAGAGGGUGACCUGACCGACCAGGCCAGCUGCCCGCGAUCCAGUGGCUCUGACCCCCAGACAGUCAUCAGCGACACAGUGGUCCUUUCCACCGGCACUGUCAAGGUGAAGGUAGCUCAUCUUUCCCCACACAGUCCCACGUUUAGAUACAACCCCUUCAAUGAGGACUCGGACACUAAUACCACCAACACCUCAGCCGAUGUCACGCCGGUUCAUGUGGCCAGCUGUUACAAUGCCACCACCGCUGGAGAUGACACAGAGAGCACCAACAACGAGCUGGAGGUCAUAAGGAUGGCCAGACGAAGGAAACCAGCCAAGAAGCGACGUGGGAAAGGCUCCACAGAUUCCAGCAGCAGCAUCCAUAACUCAGUCUCCUCUGAGCACAUGGAAAUUGACAACAGCCUCCAAGGCUCAGACGAUGUAGACUCAUUAAAUUGCACUGUAAUUCAUCUUGAUGCUGAAGGAGAGUUGAGGAGAAGCAGGGCGGGAACAGAGGUUGUGGAGGAAGGGGAUGAAGAUGGGGCAGAAGGCCUCCUACGGCUCCCUGAGAUGACAGACACCUCGAUGGAUAGUGUGGGCCAACCCCUCAGUGAGGUCAUGGACCGGCUCAAUGGGGUUCUGGAUAGGGAGGAGGCCUGGGAUAACCCAGAGGACGAGGAGAAAAAUGGCAAAGGCUGUAACCAGGGCCCCGAGCCCCCUGCACAGCAGCCCUUUCGAGAAGAUUCAGGCGGCAAGCCACCUGACCCAGCCCCAGGAGAAACGUCUCACGCCCCUCUGGCCACAAGCCCCAACCUCCUGCAGGCCUCUCCUGUGCCUACAGACUUAUGCUGCUCUACCCCCAACAGUCCAGACUCUGCUCCCACGGGUGGUGGCCACCAUGACUCUACAGAGCAUAGCAAGUCGCAGACUCUUUCAGGUGGCCAUGAAGAUGAAGGAAAGGCAAAAGCACAAGCAGGACAGGAGUCCAACAUGAAGAACGGAGGGCAAGAAGUACAAGAAGGAGAGGAAACAGACAAGAAUGAGUUUACUGCUGAGGAGGCAGAAGAACAACUACAAGAAGAGAAGCUUAGUCCCUCAGAAAGUUCUCAUCCUGCAGAGUUUAAGGUGGAUAACAAUCACUUGCUUCUUCUCAUGAUCCAUGUAUUCAGAGAGAAUGAGGAGCAGCUCUUCAAGAUGGCGAGGAUGAGUACAGGCCAUAUGGAGGGCGACCUGCAGCCCCUUUACCUGCUGCUGACUGACUGUUACAUCUACCUGCUUAGGAAGGGUGCAGCAGAGAAGCCUUACACAGUAGAAGACGCUGUUUCCUAUAAUGAGCUGGACUAUCUUUCAGUGGGCCUUGACCAACAGACAGUGACAGUUGUUUGCACCAACAGACGAAGAAAAUUCCUUUUGGACACAGCUGAUGCCUCGCUGACUGUCUGGUUCCUGUCUAUUCUCAAGUCAGCCAUGGUCAAGGGUUGUCGUGAGCCUCCGUAUCCCUCCGUGCUGACUGACGCCACCAUGGAAAAACUUGCACUCACUAAGUUUAUCUCCCAGGAAUCUCACUGUGAGGUUUAUGAAGUGUCUAUCCAACUGUAUUCACUGGUCCACUGGGAGGAUCCUAUGGACAUGACUUUGUCACCCCAGGGUGUCCCACCAAGCUCUAGAUUACCUUCCAGUGCCAAGGAGGGGAUUGUGCAUUACAGAGCUGGAACCACCUACCUGGGCAAAGAGCUGUGGAAAAGCUGCUACCUCGUCCUCAGCAAUGGGAUUCUCUACCUGUAUGCAGAAAGAACUGAUGUGACACCUCUGCUGUCAGUCACCAUGCGUGGAGAGCACUGUGGUGGCUGCCGUCGCUCAAACAGCACAGAGCGUCCACAUGCCUUCCAAGUCAUCCUGACAGAGCGCCCCCCACUGGAGCUCAGUGCCAACGAUGAACAGGACAUGGCUGACUGGAUGCUGCUGCUCUGCCAGUCUGUCUCCAAAGGGGUCAUCCCUCAGGGUGUGGCGCCCACACCAUGUAUCCCAUGUUGCCUGGUUGUGACAGACAGGAAGCUGCUAACUUGCCAUCAGGACUGUCAGACCAGCUUCUUCCGUUCGCUGGGCAGCGCUGAUAUCUGUGAUGUCAUUGCUGUCAGCCUAGAGGCCGACAAGGAGUACUGUGUCAUUGAGUUUGCAGCUGAUCGCUCUCAGUACCUCCCUCCAUGGGUCUUAUACUUCAGUGGAUGUGAAGAGAGAGAUCGCCUGCUGGAGGUGUUGGACAACACAUGGAAAGCCAUUUUCCAGGUUGACCUUCCCCAUAAUGAGGUAUCCGAUCCAUCGGUGCAGAAGCGUUGUGGUGAGGCCCUCGCUCUGAUGAAGAGCGCCUGGCAGCGGGCAGACAGUCUGGCUCGAGGCAGAGCCCAACGUGAGCCCUGGUGCUGACAGACACACACACAUACCUGUGGGUAGCCACUGAGACAGACUGAUAAUGAAACAGUCUGAUAUAGCUCCAGGAUAGAUGGAUUUAACAAAUAACAGUCUGUGUUACUGCAAACUGUUGAGAGUUCUGCGCUGAAAGUCUGAGAUACACUAAUCAGACAUGGUUACUGGUCGUAGUACUACAGCAUAAACCUGUGAUCCACCUCUAAUUCACUACAGAAGUAACAAUGCAUAUGGCAAAUCACAACGCAGUGAUGCAUCAGUAAGACCUUCUCACAUGAAAUGAAAUGAAUGAACCUCCAGAGAGUUACAAUGGAUUUUAUAUUAGCAGAAAUAGCAGCAAUGUAGAACAGAUAUGCUGAAUCACUGGUUGACCUUCAGUAACAAACAUUGGGUGAUCAAGGAAGUUUUAGUGUCACAUGAUGUGAUGUAUACUUCCUGCUAAAUUGAAUCAUUGUUUUAAAAUGAACACUGAAAUGGAGAUUUCCUCUUUUAACCGUUGACUCCAUUGAGAUGUAGAUGGGAUUGAAAACGAUAAAACCACAUAUGUAGUACAUCAAGGAAGCUGAGUGACGAGAAGGAUGCAAAGCAGCUUCCCUGCACAGUGAGAUAAAAGAAUUAUCAUUGAUUUCUUAAGAAAAGUCAAUCUGUAUUCUUCUUGUGGUGUGUAUAUAUAGAGAAAGCCAUAUAUGAAGGGGGGGGCGGCAGCUGCUUGUUUGCGAUGUGGAAAAGUUCACUCCUCGCCUUGCACAAAACAAAAACUAAAAAAUCAGUAAUGCUUACUGCGGCUCGUACAACUAUGUGAAGAUAAAAGCCACUUCUUGCUUUCAACAGUUACAAGAUGUUCUGCUGAACUUUAACUGUGGUAAAAUUAUAGUGCAAAUGCACAGCGCUGUACAGUAUUACAGUGCAUUAUCACUGAUGGUUGUGGAUGUGUCUGAUAUUCGGUUUUGGUUCGUCUAAGGUCACACUGUACCUCUACACUGAAUUAUGUACAACAGUUUUGUUUUUUUUUUUCCUAAGAGAAUGUGGAUCUGAAUUUAUAUAUAUACAGUUGAAGUCAGAAGUUUACAUGCAACUUUAAACUCAGUUUUUCAUGAUUCCUUCCUGACAUUUAGUCCCAGUAAACAUUCCCUGUCUUAGGUCAGUUAGGACCACUACUUUAUUUUAAGAAUGUGAAAUGUCAGAAUAAUAGUAGAGAGAAUGAUUUAGCUUUUUCUUUCAUCACAUUCACAGUGGGUCAGAAGUUUACAUAAGCUCAGAAUUUGGUAGCAUUGUUUUAAAUUUUUUA